GCCCCUCCACCAUUCCCCUGACACAGCUGGGAUACGCUGGCGUCUGGACCGCUGAUGCCCCGCCCUACCCGCCAUGAUGUUCAUGCCGGGAUGCUAAUUCCCAACGUCACCCCGCUAGAAUGGACCUUCAAGGUUCCUCCGGAUGAAGUGACAGUCGAUUGCUGAACUUAUCUACGGCCCUGUCCGGACAUCUUUUCUCAUCCAUUGGCUUCCUUACUCUCUUCAUAACCCUUCAUCUGCCCUUCGCGGACCUUUUCUGUGUUUCUUCUGUGUUUCAUUGAGUCUUUUGAAGCCAGCGAGUGAUACCCCAAGGAGCUCUUACGCAGUAUCACCGUUCUCUCUCAUCGAGUUCAAGCCGACUGUUAAAGAUUGAAUUCAUCAACAACCUAUAAUCACAUACAGAAACACAUAAUGUCUGAGGGACCUCUCUACCUCGGGUUUGACUUGUCAACCCAGCAGCUAAAAGCAAUCGUAAUCCAAUCUGAUCUCUCCGUUGUCUCCUCCGCCAAGGUCGACUUCGACGGCGACUUCGGCGCCAAAUAUGGCAUCAAGAAGGGUGUCCAAGUAAACGAAGCCGAAGGCGAGGUCUUUGCGCCCGUCGCCAUGUGGCUUGAGGCCCUCGACCUCGUCCUCCAGCGCCUCCAGGAAGCCAACACCCCUCUCAACCGCAUCCGCGGCAUCAGCGGUUCUUGCCAACAGCAUGGCAGUGUAUACUGGAGCCGGGAGGCCGAGAAGCUUCUCGCGGAACUGCAAGCCGAUGAGCAGAGGGGGAAGCUGGUCGAUCAGCUGAAGGGAGCAUUCUCCCAUCCUUAUGCGCCCAACUGGCAGGACCACAGCACGCAGGCUGAAUGUGAUAAGUUUGAUGGGGCACUUGGGACGGCGGAGAGGUUGGCUCAGGCUACGGGAAGUGCGGCGCAUCAUCGCUUCACCGGCACCCAAAUAAUGCGCCUCCGCCGCAAGCGCCCCGACAUGUACGCUUCCACCUCGCGCAUCUCCCUCGUCUCCUCCUUCCUCGCCUCUCUCUUCAUCGGCUCCGUCACGCCCAUGGACAUCUCCGACGUCUGCGGCAUGAACCUCUGGGACAUCCCCAGCAAAACCUGGUCCGAGACCCUCCUCACCCUGGCCGCCGGCGGUUCCGCCGAAGGUGCCGCCGACCUCAAGUCCAAGCUAGGCGAAGUCCGUCUCGACGGCGGCGGCAGCAUGGGCAAGAUCAGCCCUUACUUCGUCGGCAAGUACGGCUUCUCCCCCGACUGCGAGAUCGCGCCCUUCACGGGCGACAACCCUGCCACCAUUCUGGCUCUCCCGCUGCGCCCGCUCGACGCCAUCGUCUCCCUCGGCACCUCAACCACCUUCCUGAUGAUCACGCCCGUCUACAAGCCCGACCCUAGCUACCACUUCUUCAACCACCCGACUACCCCAGGCCAGUACAUGUUCAUGCUCUGCUACAAGAACGGCGGUCUAGCGCGCGAGAAGGUCCGGGACAGCCUCCCUGCUGCCCCCAAGGAUAACUCCUCAGCAGCAGACCCCUGGGAAACCUUCAACCAACACGCCCUCUCCACUCCCCCGCUGGACGUCUCCUCCCCAGAAACCGACAAAGCCAAGCUAGGCCUUUACUUCUACCUCCCCGAAAUCGUCCCAAACAUCUCCGCCGGCACCUGGCGGUACGAGUGCUCCGCCGCCGACGGCUCCGAUCUCCAGCAAGUGAACCAGCCGUGGCCCGUGGAAAAGGAUGCGCGCAUCAUCGUCGAGUCGCAGGCUUUGUCUAUGCGGUUGCGUUCGCAGAACCUCGUUUCCACCUCCCCCUCUGGCACUUCUUCUUCUUCUUCCUCCCCCCUCCCCCCUUCCCUACCAGCCCAACCCCGCCGCAUCUACCUCGUAGGCGGCGGCUCUCUCAACCCGGCCAUCGCGCGGAUAAUGGGCGACGUGCUCGGCGGUGUAGACGGGGUGUACAAGCUUGAUGUAGGCGGCAAUGCCUGUGCGUUGGGGGGUGCGUACAAGGCCGUUUGGGCGUUUGAGAGGAAGGAUGAAACGGAGACGUUUGAUGAGCUGAUUGGGAAGAGGUGGAAGGAGGAAGGAGCGAUUAGGAAGGUGGAUGAGGGAUAUAAGAGGGGCGUGUUUGAGGGGUAUGGGAAUGUGUUGGGGGCUUUUGGGGAGAUGGAGGGGAGGGUGUUGGAGGUGGCGAGGAAUAAAUAA